GUCCAUCAUUUCGUUGUUGCGCAGUGUGCCAUUCCGCCACUACAUCAUUUGUCGCUGCUGUCUUCGCGCUGCAGUAUUGAAAUUCUGAAUUACUCCCGCCGCUAGACUUUGCCGCAAUCUCGCAGCCGAUUUCUGUCCGGCGCAAUUGCUCGCGAUUCAUCGGCCGUAAAAAGGCUACUUCGAGUUUGGUCCUGAAUAUAAUUCUCCCAUUUGGCGCGCUCGAUAGAUACACGAUCUAGAUAUAACGGUAGUUGCUCAAGACAGGCCAUGAUGGCGGACGCCGGCAACGACUGGGAGCAGGAUGGAGUGAAUGGCAAUGACGGAGCUUAUGAUCAGUAUAGCGGGGACCAAAAUGAUAGCAAUGAUUAUGCUUCACAUGCUCCAGAUGAUGUGCCCGAGGAUGAGAGCGACGAUGGCGCCGAUUAUGAUCCAGAGUCUGUCGGCUUGGAUGUCAUGCCAGCGCCCGCACCAGCAGCAGAACGAGAGCCCGCAGCUGCAGCCCCAGCCAAAGCCAGAAUGUCUGGCGGCUUUCUGGUAGAAGAUGAGGACGAUGACGAUGAUGACGACGAUAACCAGACUCCUCAGUCCAAUACUAUUGUGCAGACGACACCGCAGAUUCGCCGACCCGACGAAAAACGCUUACAAAGCGUCACUCCCACUGAAGUGCCAUCGUCCAACACUCCGACUGCCAUGCCUGGAAUUAAUCCCGUUGCUCUUCUUGAAGCGCGUGUGAAAGAGGAUCCCCGUGGAGAUAUGGAUGCGUGGCUCGCACUAAUGGCGGAAAAUCGACGCCAAAGCAACAUGGCUGAAUUACGAAUCACAUAUACGCGUUUCCUCGAAGUCUUCCCUCAAGCGGGUGAUAUUUGGGCCGAAUGGGUCGAAACCGAACUGGCAAUGGAUAACUUUGGCGACGCCGAGCGACUCUUCGGGCAAUGCCUGAUGACGGUACCCAACAUUCGAUUGUGGACAAUCUAUCUAAACUACAUUCGCCGUCGUAACGACUUGAGCAGCGAUGCUACAGGCCAAGCGAGACAGACAGUGACUCAAUCCUACGAGUUUGUCCUUGAUCACAUCGGCGUCGAUAGAGAUGCUGGUGAUAUCUGGCAAGACUAUAUCCAAUUUAUCAAGAGCGGCCCAGGACAGGUCGGCGGAACCGGUUGGCAGGACCAGCAGAAGAUGGACCAAAUGCGAAAAGCAUACCAUCGCGCCAUCUGUAUUCCCAUGUCCUCCAUUAACAACCUCUGGAAAGAAUACGACCAGUUUGAAAUGAGUCUGAACAAGGUUACUGGCCGCAAGUUUAUUCAGGAACGAUCUCCAGGAUACAUGUCUGCCAAGAGUGGUAAUAUUGCCUUGGAUAACAUUGGCCGAAAUCUCAAAAGAACCACUCUCCCGAGACUGCCUCCUGCACCUGGAUUUGAUGGUGAUGAGGAGUACCGUGAGCAGGUCGAGAUAUGGAAGAAGUGGAUUGCCUGGGAAAUGGAAGAUCCCCUCGUAUUGAAAGAGGACGAGCCCAAAGUCUUCACACAACGCAUUCUGUACUGCUACAAGCAGGCCCUAAUGGCGCUCCGAUUCUGGCCUGAGAUGUGGAUUGACGCUGCCGAAUGGUGCUACCAAAACGACAUACGCGAAAACGAAAAGGAAAUGGGCACCGAAUUCCUCACUCAGGGUAUCACUGCUAACCCAGAAAGUGUUCUGCUUGCCCUCAAGCGUGCCGAUCGACUCGAAUCGACAUAUUCCGAACGAGAAGGAGACAAGGCCGAAUUUGCCAAGGCUGUUCGCGAGCCAUUUGACAAAAUUCUGGAAACCUUGUAUGCUAUGGGCGACAAGGUUAAAGAGAGAGAAAAGCUCGAAAUUUCUACGUUACAGCAGGCCGCAGCUGCAGACCCUGUCCAUGAGUCUAUUGAACCCAAUGAGGAUGAUUCGGGGCAGCCUCGCAAAACUGCAACCGAGAUGCGAAUUCAAGCCAUUCAACAGGCAAACGCAGUCGAAACCCAACUGCUAUCCAAGACAAUUUCAUUCAUAUGGAUUGCUCUUGCUCGCGCCAUGAGACGGAUUCAAGGCAAGGGCAGUCAAUCUGAUGGCGGGUUACGCAAGGUCUUUACAGACGCCCGUCAAAAGGGACGUCUGACAAGCGACGUGUAUGUCGCUGUAGCUUUACUGGAAUCGAUUGUAUACAAGGAUCCUGUAGGCGCAAAGAUUUUUGAACGCGGCGCACGGCUCUUCCCCAACGACGAAGUCUUUAUGAUUGAGUAUCUCAAGUUCUUGCAUUCAAAGGACGACACCACAAACGCCCGUGUUGUCUUUGAGACUUGUGUCAACCGCCUGGUUGCCAAACCUGAGACUCUUGCAAAGGCCAAACCACUGUACGCCUACUUCCACAAAUAUGAAUCACAGUUCGGAGAGUUAUCCCAGAUCAGUAAGCUGGAAGACCGUAUGGCCGAGUUAUUCCCAGACGAUCCUAGACUGAGCAUAUUCAUGUCCCGGUACUCUAACAGCAAGUUCGACCCCAUUGUGACACCAAUCAUCAUUUCCAAGGCCGUACAAAUGAGACCCAAGGUUGCCGUGCCUGUGAUUUCCGGAGCUGAGUCAGUCCAGAAUAGCCCACGGCCAAGACGACAGGACCAGAGUCCUAUGCCAAACUUUGUGCGCGCUACCGCAUCCCCCAAACGUCCAUUUGGUGUUGAUGACGACGAGCUGAACCCACCCAAGCGCGUGGCCCGUGGCAUUUCACCCCUGAAAGGCGCGGCUGGCCGCAGGCUGGACCAGCAACGUCGCAAUCAGUCUGCAAGUUUCCAUCGGGAUAUUACAUUCCUCCUAGGCAUCCUUCCCCCAGCACAUACAUACGAUGCUCAAAGAUUUAGCGCCCCUGGCAUGGUCUCACUACUGAGAGACGUUCACCUACCAGACUACAGCUCGUGGAGGGCCAGAACAGGUGGACAAUACAUGCAGAUAGGGCAUGCACGCCAGGCCUCCGGCGACUACGCUAGGGGUUCUAGCCCAUACCCCCAAUCUGGGCCGCCUGGAAACUAUCGCAACCAGCCUGUACGCAUAGAGAGCGCUGCUAAUGUCUAUGGAUCUGGAGCAUACGGCCAGCAGCAAGGCGGGACCAACCAGCAAGGCCAAUACGGAGGAUACCGAUAUUAGAAGGGCUCUUUUUUCAACUUGAAUUAUUUUCUUUUGGUAAUAUGGAUGGCGUUUGGCAUUUCAGUUCAAGGUAAAACACUGAGCAGUUGGGUCCAUGGGAUUUCUGUAUCAUCUCGCGACGGUCACGGCAUGGGAGAGCAUGUAUUACCACAAAAUAGCACAAUGUACUGUAUCUUUCUGACUCUAUUUACUUUGUACCUCUUAUCUGUUGAAUAACCGUGAUGUGUUUGCAAUGUGCCAUUGGUGAAUUUGCUCUAAGUGAAUAGUUGCGGUACGCCAGAGCCCAAAUUAAUCGGACUAGGGGUCU